AUGCUAGCAGAAUGUAAUUACAGCCAACUCGAUAAAGAGGCUCUGGCCGUAAUUUUCGGCGUUCUGAGGUUUCAUCAAUACCUCUGGGGUCAUUCAUUCCAAAUAGUGACCGACCACAAGCCACUGUUGGGUCUUUUAGCGCACGAUAAACCUGUACCUAACAGCUGUUCAUCCAGGCUUCUUCGCUGGGCCCUGACGUUAUCAUCUUACCGCUAUGAGUUGGUCUGUCGACAGGGAAGCCGCAUCGCACAUGCCGAUGGACUGAGCAGAUUGCCACUACCUACUGAAGCUCUUCCCGUGGAACGACCGGCAGAGGUGUUCCUGUUGGAAGGAGUCUACCGAACUGUUUUAUCCGCAAACGUAGUCGCUGAAGCCACGUCAAGAGAGGUCAUUACAUCCAACGUUCGCCACAUACUGUUGAAAGGCGGGAAAUUACCUAACGUCACUCACUACAGGCCUUACCAAAGGCGUUUUGAUCAACUGAGCGUGCAGGAUGACUGUAUACUUCUCGGAAAUCGUGUUGUCAUUCCUCAAGAGCUACGUGCAAAGGUUCUCGACUUGCUUCAUGAGAGCCACCCUGGAGUCACAAAAAUGAAGGCUGUGGCCCGCAGUCACGUCUGGUGGGAUACACUGGACGAAGAUAUUGCUGCGAGGGGUCAUGACAUCUUCAUCCUUGUGGACGCAUUUUCCUUGUGGGUAGAAGCCGAACUUGUUCCAUCACUAUCCGCGGAAGCUACUAUUUCUUGUCUACGUUCUAUCUUUGCGAGACAAGGACUGCCCGAUCUCGUAGCGUCGGAUAAUGGACCAGCAUUUGUAUCAGCAAAGUACACAGAAUUUCUGAAGCGGAAUGGAGCAAGAAAAGUCAUAAUUCCUCCAUAUAACCCAGCAUCGGUUGUUCAAACAAUUAAGAACAAGCUUAAGAAGGAGGUAGCGUCCACGCAGGGAGAGGUAUUGCAGGAGAGCCCUUGUAACGGCUCCCUGCUGUUGCCGUGCGACGGGGCCGAGAAGCACGUCCAGUGA